AUGUCUUUCCACACCCUUGAACGCGAACGGAUUUUCAAGAAUCCGCCCAAGGACAAGUCCAGUUUCCCGCUGCUGCAGGCGGCAACGAAGCCUCAUGUGGAGUCUUUCAAUGCUCUCACAGAGGGCGGACUCCUGAACCUGGCUGUCAAGGACAUUGGCGAAAAAACCGUGUUUGACUCGGUUACUCAGAACGAAGAUGGUUCUAUGAGCUUCGGUAACAGGAUGACUUUUCGUGUGGACGAGGUUCAGAUUGCAAAACCAAUGCUUUCGAGCCGCGAACGGACAUCGAUUAAUCGGAAAAUUUUCCCGUCUGAAUGUCGUGAACGUUUGUGCACAUACAAGGCGCGUAUGGUGCUCAAAUUCUCGUGGAGAGUGAACGACGGCCCAUGGCAGAGUGAGAUGCGUGAGGUGGGCAACUUGCCUAUCAUGGUACGCUCAAACCGAUGCCAUUUGGAAGGUUUGAGCCCUGCUGAGCUUAUUGCCCAUAAGGAAGAAAGUGAGGAAAUGGGUGGUUACUUUGUCGUAAACGGUAUCGAAAAAAUUGUGCGUAUGCUUAUUCUGCCCAAACGCAACCACCCCGUCGCUCUUAUUCGUCCCUCGUUUGGUAACCGUGGUACUAUGUACACACAGUACGGUAUCUCCAUCCGCUGUGUGCGUCCAGACCAGUCGAGUCUGACGAACACGUUGCACUACCUCAGCAACGGUGUCGCCAUGUUCCGUUUCCAUUGGCGUAAAAACGAGUAUCUUAUCCCUUCGAUGAUGAUUCUCAAGGCUCUCAUUGAGACGAGUGACAAGGAAAUUUUCGAGGGAAUCGUGGGUCAAGAGACCGAGAACACAUUCCUCACGGACCGUGUCGAGUUGAUGUUGCGUGCAUACAAGUCGUACGGUCUCAGCACACAGACUCAAUCGCUGCAGUACCUUGGUUCUAAGUUCCGUGUCGUGCUUGGACUGGCUGAGGACUUGACCGACGUGGAGGUCGGACGCACUUUGCUCAGACGUGUCGUUCUCGUCAACCUCCCCGACAAUCGUGACAAGUUCCGCAUGCUGCUCUUCAUGAUCCGCAAGCUGUACGCUCUCGUGGCCGGUGAAUGCUGCGCCGAUAACCCUGAUUCCCCCCAGCAUCAAGAAAUCCUUUUGGGCGGUUUCUUGUUUGCUCAAAUUAUUAAGGAAAAGAUCGAUGACUGGCUCACUUCUAUCCGUGCUCAAAUCCAACAGGACGUCCGUCGCGGUGCUGCCGGUAUCGACUUCUCCGACAAAAAAUACCUCUCUCGAGUGUUCUCUAAGGUCAACAGUGACAUCGGUACUAGACUGCAGUACUUCUUGAGUACGGGUAAUCUGGUCAGUAACACUGGUCUUGAUCUGCAACAAGCCACGGGUUACACAGUCGUUGCUGAGAAGCUUAACUUUUACCGUUUCUUGUCGCAUUUCCGAAUGGUGCAUCGUGGUGCUUUCUUCGCCGAAUUGAAGACUACCUCUGUGCGUAAGCUGCUUCCCGAGGCUUGGGGUUUCUUGUGUCCCGUUCACACUCCUGAUGGUUCUCCUUGCGGUUUGCUGAACCAUCUUGCCAGCAAAUGUGAAAUUGUCACGAGCCCCAUUGACGUUUCCAACAUUCCUGCCCUGUUACUCUCUCUCGGUGUUGAUCCCCCAACGGCCGUUGUUGCUAACCCAGACUGGGUGAGUGUGCAGCUUGACGGUAAGAUUGUGGGUUGGUGUACGCACAAGCUUGCAAAGCACGUCGCUGCCGUGCUGCGUCAAAUGAAGGUCAGAGGUGACUUGGCCAGUGACGGUAAGACGCCUUUGGUUCCUCUUUCCCUUGAAAUUGGUCUGGUGCCUCCUUCUCACGGUGGUCAAUUCCCCGGUCUGUUCCUUUUCAGUGAACAGGCUCGUAUGGUCCGUCCCGUGAAGUAUCUUGCCACCGGCAAGCUCGACAAUGUGGGUCCUUUCGAGCAAGUGUACAUGGACAUUGCUUGUUUCCCUCGUGAAAUUGUCCCCAAAAUUACGACUCAUGUUGAGUAUUCCCCUACCAACGUGCUGUCUAUCGUUGCCAACAUGACUCCCUUCUCCGACUUCAACCAAUCCCCCCGUAACAUGUACCAAUGUCAAAUGGGUAAACAAACCAUGGGUACCCCUGGUACUGCAAUCCGCUACCGUACCGAUAACAAGAUGUACCGCCUGCAAACCGGACAAACUCCCAUCGUUCGUCCCCGCCUGCACGACUCGUACGGUUUGGAUCACUAUCCUAACGGUAUGAACGCUGUUGUCGCUGUCAUUUCGUAUACUGGUUACGAUAUGGAGGAUGCCAUGAUUCUCAACAAAUCUGCUCACGAGCGUGGUUUCGGUUAUGGUACCGUGUACAAGAGUCAAAAGAUUGAUCUUUCUGAAAAGCGUCGCCGGGGUGAGCCCGUCGUUCAUCACUUCGGUUUUGCUCCCGGCUCCACUCCUCGCCGUGAAUGGCUCGAGAAGCUGGAUAUGGAUGGUUUGCCAUACAUUGGAACCAAGGUGGAGGACGGUGAACCUAUCGCCGCUUACUAUGAUGAGUCUACUGGUCACAACUUUGUUCAAACCUAUCACGGUACGGAGCCGGGCUUCGUCGAUGAGGUUCGUGUGCUCGGUAACGAUGUUGGUGAUAGCGAGUGUCAAGUUCUUCACAUCAAGUUCCGUAACACUCGUAGUCCUAUUAUUGGUGAUAAGUUCUCUUCGCGUCACGGUCAAAAGGGUAUUUGUUCCCAAAAGUGGCCCACUGUCGAUAUGCCUUUCACCGAGAGCGGUAUUCAACCCGAUAUUAUUAUUAAUCCUCACGCUUUCCCUUCGCGUAUGACUAUCGGUAUGUUUAUCGAAAGUUUGGCCGGUAAGGCUGGAGCUCUCCACGGUAUGGCUCAAGACAGUACGCCUUUUGUUUUCUCUGAGACGCAAACUGCCGCCGAUUACUUUGGCGAGCAGUUGGUGAAGGCCGGUUACAACUAUCAUGGCAAUGAGCCCAUGUACAGUGGUAUCACGGGUAAGGAGCUGCAUGCAGACAUUUACAUUGGUGUCGUUUAUUACCAACGUCUUCGUCACAUGGUCAGUGACAAAUUCCAAGUCCGUACCACGGGUCCUAUUCACAACCUGACUCGUCAACCUGUGAAGGGUCGUAAGCGUGCUGGUGGUAUUCGUUUCGGUGAAAUGGAACGUGAUGCUGUUAUUGGUCAUGGUGCUUCGUUCUUGAUGCAGGAUCGUUUGAUGAACUGCUCUGACUAUGCUCAAAGCUGGGUCUGUCGCGACUGUGGCUCUAUCAUUUCUCCCUUGUCUACCGUCAAUGUUUCCGGAGCCGCAAACAGCACUGAAGUCCGUUGUCGAAGCUGCGCAAAGCCUGCUACUGGUUUGGAAGACCUGAGCGAAACUUGGGAAGAUGGCCUGGGGCAACGUUUUGUUGGAGGUGCUAACACAACUCUUAUUGCCUUGCCUAGUGUGUUCAAUUACUUGACUGCCGAGCUUGCAGCAAUGAACAUUAAGAUGAUGCUUGAAGUUAAGUAAAGUGUCUUGCGCAUGAUAUAAACACACACACAUACAUACACACGCAAACACGUACAGUUGCGAACAGGCUGUAGUCGUCGAAGAUGAUAGAACGCCUUCGAUUUUUGCUUGUUGGCUAGAUGACUCUGAAAAAAAGUUUUAGGUUUUAGGUUUUGAGAGCGCCAAGAAAAGGUUCUUUUGUAUAAGCGUUCUGAAGGGAUUCAAUUAUUCGUUUUUUUGAAUGAAGAGAUAAUACAGUUAUUAAUAUCGGA